AUGGAGAGGCCUUCAGGAAACUCAGUUUCAAGCCAGCCGGUGAUAGGAAGACACGCAAGAAGUAUGAUACCCAACAAAUUACAAAAGAGAAGACAGAUCCAGGUUGCCCCAAAGAAGACAAAGUCCAAACACAAAGAUAGUCUUACGUCCAUACUUUCUCGGAGGAUGACUAGUUGCAUCUUUCAAAAACCUGUGACCAUAAUAACUUCACACCCUGAGAAUAAAACCAGGUACAGGAGAGAGGAAGCUCAGCUGAAGAAACCCACGCAGCUCUGUGCAUUGAAGAGAUUGCAGAGCCAUCAAGUUGGAGACAGUAAAGGAGGCCUAUCAUGUCCAAUGAAGUUUACAAUCCCCAUAGAAAGAAUUGCACUGGGAAUGCAGGAUGAAGCCAACAGCCACAGUGGUAUUGAGGAUCUGCUCACUCCUGGAGAAGCCACCUCUGUCCAACCCCCAUGCUUGGAAAAGACUGAGCAAGUGGCUCUUCAGUUGUCACCUUCUUUCUCCAGUCAAGGGGUAACAAUGCCACUGCCCCUUCAUCUGUCACCAUCUUACAGCAUUCAAGUAACUAAUGCAGACAUCCUGAGACAGACCUGGAAGGUAAAGAAAGCCAGGCAGAGACUGGCAGAAGCCUUGAAAGCAGACAGGCUUGCCAGGCAGGCAGAGAACAUGAGGGAGCAAAGAAGAGUGGAAAACACACGUCGAGGCCUCCGUUUUUCAACAAAAGGGUUUCCAGGUGUAACCCUGGUUGUCCUGGAACCCUGUCCCAGCCUCCAGAGUGAUGACUUAAAAGGCAAGCGCCACCAUCACCCAUGGCGCCUGAACAGGGACCCAAAGUACGUCAACUACCGGAAACCCUGGAAAAAGGAGGACCCCGCAGACUGCAUCGCUCGUGUGUUGCUGGAGGGGCAGAUUCCACCCUACCCAAGAAUUAUGUCUCAGUACAGUAUUAUCCACUGGACACCGGAAAUGAUGGACCCCGAGAGACAAGACAGCUCAGCAGAAACAACCGCAGUACCCACCACGGAGAGGCUCAAUUUCAAUAAGCUCCUUUAA